GGUGAAUGAGUGUGUGUGGAGGGGGGUGUGCAGCGGGUAUGACACGUGCCCAGCCCAUUGUUUUGUCUACCUGCUUCUUUGUCCUGCAGAUGCAGCGUGAGAUGUGAGGAGAACAACGCAGGAGAGCCCAGUGCUGCAGAAGAGGUGUGUGCACACUGUGCGGUAUCUGUCAUCGACUGUGUUUGAGACAUGGAUCCUUGUCUCAGAUAAUGUUGGGCAGUGGAUGGCUGAGCACUUGAAGAUUCCAGAGGAGGAUGGAGAAAAGCCGGAUUCCUGACCAUGCAGCUGCAAGAUGUAAAACAUUCUAGAUGAUUGUGUUCGCUUGGAUUGCAUUUUACGCUAGCAGAAGCCUUAUACAAGGUUUCCUGUUGCACUUUGGGCACCAUACAGUCUGUUUAAAUGAACAAUCGAGGACCAGUAACAUGGGGAACAAUUGUGUUUGCAGAGAAGAUAGUGGAGUGGAGGACAAUGUAGACUCACCCAGUCAACAAGUUGAGAACCGUAUUGCACCUGCCAGUGACUCUAGACACCGCCCAAGAGACCCAGUAAGACCUCCUCGAAGAGGAAGGGGACCACACGAGCCACGGCGAAAAAAGCCAAAUGUGGAUGGCCUGGUGCUGGAUACUUUGGCCGUCAUUAGGACUCUUGUGGACAAUGACCAGGAGCCCCCAUAUUCUAUGAUCACUUUGCAUGAAAUGGCAGAAACAGAUAAUGGCUGGCUGGAUGUGGUGCAGUCCCUCAUUAGAGUCAUUCCAUUAGAAGAUCCUUUGGGUCCAGCUGUCAUUACAUUGCUACUGGAUGAAUGUCCACUUCCAACAAAAGAUGCCCUGCAGAAGCUGACAGAGAAAUUAAAUCUAAGUGGGGCCACCGCCAUCCAAGAUUCCAUUAAUCCGGCCAAACACCGUAACACGACUGCUGUUUUAGGAUGCUUAGCGGAGAAAUUGGCAGGUCCUGCUAGUAUCUCUCUGCUUAGCCCUGGGAUUUUGGAAUAUUUGUUAGAAAGUUUGAAUUUCAGGUUCCAUCCCAUGGUCAUUCUGUUUGCACUCAUUGCACUGGAGAAGUUUUCACAAACAAGUGAAAAUAAAAUGACUGUUUCCGAAUCUCUGAUAAGCGAUCGUCUUCUUCUGCUUGAGACGUGGACCAAUAAUGGAGAUUUCUUGAAGCGUCAGGUGGGCUUCUGUGCCCAGUGGAGUUUAGACAAUUUGUUUCUAAAAGAAGGAAGACAACUCACUUAUGAGAAAGCAGAUUUAACACCCAUUAAUGCCAUGCUGAACAGUAAUGAUGUCAGCGAGUACCUCAAGAUUUCACCAUAUGGAUUAGAAGCCCGGUGUGAUGCUUCCUCCUUUGAGAGUGUUCGCUGCACAUUUUGUGUAGACUCUGGUGUUUGGUAUUAUGAAGUAAAAGUCAUUACCUCUGGAGUUAUGCAGAUAGGAUGGGCGACCAAAGACAGCAAGUUCCUUAAUCACGAAGGAUAUGGAAUCGGGGAUGAUGAGUAUUCAUGUGCGUAUGAUGGCUGCAGGCAGCUGAUCUGGUAUAAUGCUAAAAGUAAACCUCACCAACAUCCCUGCUGGAAAGAAGGAGACACAGUCGGCUUUUUUUUAGAUUUACAUAAAAAGUUGAUGAUCUUUUCGCUUAAUGGGAACCAACUUCCACCUGAAAAACAAGUUUUCUCUUCCACUACGUCUGGGUUUUUUGCUGCAGCAAGUUUCAUGUCAUAUCAGCAGUGUGAAUUUAAUUUUGGAGCCAAGCCCUUUAAAUAUCCACCUGCAAAUAAAUUUAGCACUUUUAAUGAAUAUGCCGUUUUGGCUCCUGAAGAAAAGGUCAUUUUGCCAAGGCACAGACGCUUAGCACUGUUGAAACAAGUUAGCAUUCGAGAGAACUGUUGUACACUUUGUUGUGAUGAAGUGGCAGACACAGAACUGAAACCGUGUGGACACAGUGAUCUUUGUAUGGAAUGUGCUCUUCAGCUAGAAACUUGUCCAUUGUGUCGACAAGAGAUAAAGACUCGGGUCCGUCAAAUUUCUCACAUCUCUUGACCUCUGUCAAGUAAAUGCAGGAAGAUAUCUAUUUUGUUUCUUUUUUUUAAUUAUUAUGAACAAGACACUGUUUAAAAGCAAACAUUUGCAAGUCUUUUGUAUUCGCUUCAGAUGAAAGAGAAAAUGGCCAUAUCUUAUAGCAGUGUGUGAUUGACAAGGAGCUCAAUCCAUUGUCCUUAAGAAGACUAGUGUGCAACAGAAAAUCUGCUGGUAACCUAACACAGUAGAUGCUACACAUCUAGGAUUUCAGCAUUUGUACAAUGAAGGACAUUAUAUUCAUCCCUUAAGGUACUUGUGGGACUGAACCAUCACAUCUGGGAUACUACUAUACAGUUUGGUAGGAACUCCACCCAUUUUGGGCCAAAACAUGCCCCUGUUGGAUCGCCAUGGCCAUUGUUGACUUGGCUGCAGUAAUGUUAUCUUGCCAGCGGGCACCUGAAAUGUUAUAUUGGCACUGUUUUUGCUCAAUUUACUUUUGGAAAGGGUUUGCACUAUAGUUAUGCAUCAAUGUAUUUACAAAAACUGUAACUAAUUGUAUCAUACUGAAAAGUGUCUAUUUUUGCCAGACAAAAUACAGUAUUUGACCAUUGUUUUCUAUUCAUGUGGCCUUCUGCUGGUCAGUCAUUUUCCUUAUAAACUGUGGACUGCGAAUUGUGAUUAUGUAAAUCAACCUUUUAGGGCUUAAUUUAUAUUCCAAAGAAUAUUUGGUUAAGAUACAGGAUUAAUGCAAUAUACAGGUGUAAAUGUACAGAGUUCUGUAAUGUGUGCGGAGUAGUGAUUUAAAGAAUUGGAAAGUCUUUUCCUAUAUUUAUAGUUUGAUAUGACCAUGUGACCAAUUCUCUCCAAGACCAACCUUCAGCGCCCCAGCUGUCAAACUACAUCCACCUGCCGGAGCAGAGCAAGUGGUUUGUCCAGCUGGACUAUUGAGUUUGUCUGUCAACUGUUGAUAAAGGAAAUAAGUUUGUAUAGAUGAAUGUUCUGUAAAUGGAGAAUUACCGGAAUUUAAUAAUGUUGUAAUCGAGUGUGUUGUACCAGAGCUUUUAAGCUCUGCCCUGUUAAUAUAAAUGGACGAAUGUCAAGUAAAGAUUUUACAAAGUCAAGGUCUUUAAGCCGUCACC